AUAUAGCAUGGUCCAAUGUGUCGAAUGGGCCACGUCGCAUAGCCCGGCCGGUGGAUCAAUAGAUAAGAAAUGGCUACUCUGUCUCACAAUGUCCCCGCCACAGGGACUCUUAAAAAGACCGUGCCAAUCCGGCCAGCAUGAGUGUUUCCGAGCCUAACCCAAGAGACACGCGAAGGUCGUUUGACUGCCCAGCAUGAAGAUCGCGAUUGCAGGCGCCGGAGACGUCGGUACCUACUUCGUCGAAGAAUUCAGCAGAUCUGGCCAUGAAGUCGUCCUUCUGACGAGCAAACACAAAGCCGCCUUAGAGACCCUACCCAUCAGACAACAGAUCACCGAUUACAGCGUCGAGGAUCUCACACUGCACCUCCAAGACUGCGACGCCGUGGUAUCGACCUUCUCCGGCCCCGAGGACAAAUAUAUCGCGGCCCAUCUCGCACUUCUGGAAGCAUGUACCCGGUCCCCAAAAUGCAAGCGCUUCCUGCCCUCGUCCUGGACUACCAAUAUCGAAGACUUCGGAGACCAACCGAUCAUGCUCGCACACUCCCGCGACACAAUCUGGAAGGCCCUCCGCGCACAGCACGAGGUGAAAUGGACCAUGGUUUGCAACGGGUGGUUCAUGGACUACAUUUUGCCCGCCUCGCAGCGGUAUUUGCGUGACGUCGGCGUGGGGUGGGUGAUGGACCACCGCAAUAAAGUGUUUGAGCUGUACGCGGAUGGACAGCAGAAGGUUACGCUGACGCCUGUCCGGGAUGUUGCUCGCGCGGCAUUGUCGAUACUGGAGCAUGAUGAGAUCGAGUGGAACGAGUUUACUCACUUUGGGGGGCAAACCUUCACCUAUCUUGAAUUGUAUCAGUUGAUCAAGAGACGGGAUCCAGCAUGGAAAUUGAAGAAACUGCCGUUUGCUGAGGUGAUCGAAAGGAUUACGUCGGGGAAGCUGGUUGGGGAAGAUCUCGACCUGGAGUACUUUAGACUGAUGGGCUUUACCAAUUGCAACAAGGUGCCGGAGGAUAGGGCUUUGACGUGGGGGACGGGCGUGUUGGAGGGUUUGCGGGCCCGCGGUGUUGAGGAAUUGCUGGAUGAGGCGGCUAAAGAUGAGACGGUUGUUCUUUAGCUGUGUGAGGUGGUACAGUAUAACUAUAUGAUAUAGUGGUCUAAGCAAGUGUGUGGACUAAGCCGACUGGGCCAGUAAAGGUAGACAAACCAAUUUAUGAUUCGGUAGGAACAGACUUCCAUCAUUCCCGGCGGGUUCCAGAGGGUCUGGGAAGAUGUAUGUAUGUGCAUUCUCUAGUUCAGGGUUACUGUAUAGAAUCUCAUUUGCACUGACAGAAGGCUUUGUGGAUCUAUGAAUCAUGCGUUCAUUGUCAAUCUACAGCUUCCCAUCUAAUCUGGCUAAGAGACCAUGAGCU